AUGCUCUUCAGUGCCAUCCCCUCGGAGAAGCUGCGUCAGGCGUUCAAGAUUGCUGACAUCGGGCUGCUGGGAGCCUGCGUCUACCCUUUCGCAAGCUAUGAUCGCUUGAAGAUUGCGGCGCUGCUGAACAUCUGGAUCUUCAUCGUGGAUGACGGUGAGUAUAACAUACCUACGUCCCGGGAACCGUUCCUUGGGGACGACACUCAGCCCGAUCUUUCGUCAUUCGUGCUGACCAUUCCUCCUCAAGAGCUCGACAUGGAAAGCGGAACAAUGGUCGACGACCUCGAGACCUCCAACCGAUACCGCGCCGAACUCGUCGACUACGUCCGCAGAUGCCUCGGCCUCGCCGACGAUGGCGAGCCGCAGCCCGGACGCCGGCCCGCGCCCGUCGACGACGACGACUCGACGACCUGCGCCGUCAACGGCACGGGGUACAGCCACAUCAUCCAGAGCUUCUCCAUGCUCGGCCAAGAGAUACAAGCUGUAUACAACAUGGAGCAGCGGCAAAGGCUUCUCGAUAACGUCAUCUUCUACCUCGGGAUGACGAGGGAGGAGCAGUGCUCCCGGCUCGCUGGCGGCAUUCCGACGCCCGAGGAGUAUUGGAAGUUCCGGGACGGGGCGAGCGCGGUCGAGGUGUGUCUUGCGAUGGUCGAGUACCUCGCAAAAGCGAGCGGACUCCCGAAGCAAGUGUUCGAGGACCCGGAUAUGAAGAGGCUGUGGACUCUAACGAAUACCAACGUUUCACUCGUAAAUGACUGUUUCUCAGCGAAGAAGGAACUCGCGGGAGAAUCCAUCGCAAACGCCAUCCCCAUCUGGUACGCCAAAGCGCAAGACGGAUCCGAUCGGAUGCAAGUCGCAACCAACCAGGCUGUUUCCAUGUUCAUCUGGACUGUCGGCGAGAUGGACGACGUUGCACAAAAAUUGAUGCGGCGAUUCGGCAAUGGGGACUUGGUGCACUGGGAAUUAUUACUGGAGUCUGAGGACGCCUCGCUAUGGACGACUGGGUAA